UCGGGCACCGCGCUCGGGGGCGGGUCUAUCUUGGGAGACGGUACGCGCGCCCUGCGGCCCAGUCUCUAGUCAUCGGCCUCGCCGCUGCUGCCAACAGCACCGCCAGUGCCACCCCUCCCAGACUGGACGGGAGGAUGGAGUCGAUAGCCGUCGCUACCGACGAUGGGGACAGGCCGGGGGUCCCAGCGGGCUCAGGCCUGUCGGCUUCCCAGCGUCGGGCCGAGCUGCGUCGGAGAAAGCUGCUCAUGAACUCGGAGCAACGCAUCAACCGGAUCAUGGGCUUUCACAGGCCCGGCGGCGCCGAAGAAGAAAGUCAAACAAAAUCAAAGCAGCAGGACAGUGACAAACUGAACUCCCUCAGCAUUCCUUCAGUGUCAAAGCGAGUGGUGCUGGGUGAUUCGGUCAGUACAGGAGCUACUGACCAGCAGGGUGCCAUGGCCGAGGUAAAGGGGAACCAGCUGGGAGACAAAUUGGACUCUUUCAUUAAACCACCUGAGUGCAGUAAUGAUGUCAACCUUGAGCUCCGGCAGCGGAACAGAGGGGACCUGACAGCGGACACAGUCCAGAGGGGUUCUCGCCAUGGCCUAGAGCAGUACCUUUCCAGAUUCGAAGAAGCAAUGAAGCUAAGGAAACAGCUGAUUAGUGAAAAACCCAACCAAGAGGAUGGAAGUACAACAGAAGAAUUUGACUCUUUUCGAAUAUUUAGAUUGGUGGGAUGUGCUCUCCUUGCUCUUGGAGUCAGAGCUUUUGUUUGCAAAUACUUGUCCAUAUUUGCUCCAUUUCUUACUUUACAACUUGCGUACAUGGGAUUGUACAAAUAUUUUCCCAAGAGUGAAAAGAAGGUAAAGACAACAGUACUAACAGCUGCACUUCUAUUAUCGGGUAUUCCUGCUGAAGUGAUCAAUCGAUCAAUGGAUACCUAUAGCAAAAUGGGCGAAGUCUUCACAGAUCUCUGUGUGUACUUUUUCACCUUUAUCUUUUGUCAUGAACUGCUUGAUUACUGGGGCUCUGAAGUACCAUGAAGCCUGCAGAACUGAGAAGAAGCUUACAAAAAAAGAAAAUUCGUCUUCUACAUUGCAGUGUCUCUAAAGGAGGCAACUUGGUUUACACCUUCAUGUAAUUCUUUUACUUUAGGGGUUGUAAAACUACUUCAUUAGAAAUCGAAUGGCAGAUUCCCUGAUUUAAAAGGGUUGAGUUUGUAUCACUACUGACAUGAAGAAUAGAGUACCAAUGUCAUUAAUUGAUUUUUCUUCUUUAAUCAGAACCGCUAUUCUGUACUUUUCCUCUUAACUUCUCAGAUUUGUAAUUCUUUGGGGGAGCUGAGCUAGUGCUUUUAGGAGAGCAGAUAAACUUGGUCUCAGCCUACAGACUGCUUCUUGUAUUUGUGUCAAUCUAUCUUGAGAAAUGAAGUCAUCUUAAAAAUAAAAUGAAAGAAACUGAAUUGUUUAAUGUUAA